AUGAACCGCAUAGAAGAAAUAGAAGAUUUUUACGGUGUUUAUUUGUUGGUGAGUAAAAGUGCGAUCCCCAGCUUUGCCGGACGGACUUAUGUUGGUUAUACCGUAGAUCCCAAUCGCAGAAUAAAACAACACAACCGCGGUCAGGAUGCUGGCGGUGCUAGGAAAACUUCAAAUCGAGGACCAUGGAUAAUGGUCAUGAUCAUUCAUGGAUUUCCGAACAACAUAUCAGCGCUGCGCUUUGAAUGGGCCUGGCAACAACCUAGAGUUUCCCGGAGACUUAAACAGAUUCCUGAAAUACAGAAAAAACUGCGCACAGAGUCUUACUUUGAAUACAACUUUCGCAUACUUUCGGAAAUGCUGAGAAUUGGACCAUGGAAUCGUCUGCCUCUCACUAUUCGUUGGCUUGUGGAUGAAUACCAUCGUGAGUUUGAGGUAGGGAAGAUACCGCCGUUACACAUGCCUAUAUGUUUUGGACGUAUCAAAAAGGUGAACCGAAAAAAGAAGACCGAAUCCUCUGGGGUGAAAAAAGCACGGCCGCCAAAAACCAAGGGAACCGAAUCGAAUCCAUCGAAGAAAGGUAAAAUCGUCAUCAAUUACGAUUUCGACGAGUACGAUCUACUUGUCAUGGGUAAUCAGAAAUUCGGUGAUGAUGUCCAAGAUGAUGAUGCAAUGCGAACAAGCCAACCUAUUACGACUGGACCAGUAAGUGAGGGGGAUCUUGUGAUUAGUUCCGACUCAGAAAGCGACAACGAUGUUGUCGAAGAAGCGUCGCAAACGUCGGUAAAGAGUUGUACACUUUGUCGGCAGCUGCUGGAUGAACUGGAAUUUGAAACGAGGGGUCUUUUAAUUUUGCGGUGCUUGCAACCACGCUGCCGUUUGCUCUGCCAUCCCGAGUGUUUGGCGGCUUUGCUUUUAGAACCAGGUCAGUACGUUCCCGUCGAAGGAGACUGUCCCAUCUGUGAGACACAUUUCUUGUGGGGUGAUAUAAUUCGUAAAGCGAACGGAUGUACUGACUUAGUGGAUGAUUUAGACAACGUCGAUCCAUUUGAAGUGAACGAGGUGUCGGAUGAAGAGGAAUGA